AUGGCUCAAAUAUCCCCGCAAUCAACCCAGAGCCUCAAGGAAAUAAUCGAUUCCUGCGUAUCGAAACCGAAUGGCGUACCUGGGUUAGUUUGUUCGGUGAUUAACCGCGACGGCAACCGUGUGUUUGAAUAUGCUGCCGGAAAACGCGCUCUGGGUUCAAGUGACCCAAUGACAGUGGACAGUGUCUUCUGGAUCGCGUCCUGCACCAAGUUGGUCACGACCAUUGCGGCCAUGCAGCUGGUAGAGCAGGAACGUUUGGCAUUGGAUGACGGCGAUGAGGUCGAAAAAUACCUCCCAGAGCUGAAAGACAUAAAAGUGCUGGUAGAGACGGCCGAUGGCACGUUAGAACUGCACGAAAAGAAGAGGAAGAUUACUCUCCGGAUGCUACUCAGCCAUACUGCGGGGUUCGGGUACAGUUUCUCAAACGCAAAGCUGAAGAAAUGGAGCGAACCCAUUGGGAUCAAUGAAAUUACUAGUGAAGAGUAUGACAUUUUUGGGCAGCCCCUUAUCGCUCAACCUGGAGAGCAGUGGGAAUACGGUGUCAAUAUCGACUGGGUUGGUCGCCUAAUCGAACGUGUUACUAGCGUCUCUCUGGGGGAAUACUUCCAAGAACAUAUUUUUGCGCCCUUGGGACUUUCGCGUAUAUCGUUCCUUCCGUCGGCCGAGAUGAAGAAGAACCUUGCCGGAUUACACCAACGUGCUUCUAAUGGAAAGAUGGAAUUGCACGACGGUGGUCACGUCCUACAUCGUCCCCUUGUUGUAUCGGGCCCGGAAGCAGCCAAAGGAAUCGUAAAUGCUGGAGGUCAUGGUUUGUUCUGUGCUAUACCUGAGUAUAGCGAGAUUAUCUCUACGCUCCUGAAUUAUGGCAUCCAUCCCAAGACAAAAGCCCAGGUUUUGAAGAAAGAGACAGUAGCCGAAAUGCUCAAGAACCAGAUCCCCCAAUUUCCGGAUUUUGGCCGAAAUGGUGGACUGCCUGCUAAACCAAGCAUAACCAACCCCGAGCCCGAGCUUUACGCUCAGAUUAAUGAUCCCCCGCAAGGAUGGGGCCUCUCCUUCUUCCUGCAGCUCCAUCCAGAACCGCCGACCAGAGCGGUCGGGUCCGUCUUCUGGACCGGAGUAGCCAAUCUCAUCUGGUGGGCAGAUUUUGAGAAUGGUAUCGGGGGCAUUUUUGCAUCCCAGAUACUUCCAUAUAAUGAUCCCGACUUUUUUCCAUGCCAUAAGGAGUGGGAAAGGGUACUCUAUUCCAGUCUAAUCAGACCUAACUGAUUCAGAUAGCCCCCUGCUGGUUCAGAGACAUAUUGAAUUCCUGUGUGUGAUGGCCUAGAUGUUGCU